AUGACCACCCUCCUCUACACCUUGUGCUUCCUCCCCACCACCCUGGCGACCAUCGGCGUGGGCCUCUCUCCCAGCGGCGUGACGGAGUUGUUCGGAAACUCUUUCGGCCAGCCCGGGGUGAAUGCCACAUACGACUACAUCGUUGUCGGAGGCGGCACGGCAGGCAAUGCUAUUGCUGCACGGCUGGCCCUGGACCCAGCGAAUUACUCGGUGGCAGUGGUCGAGGCAGGCUCGUUCUACGAAAUCCUCAACUCCAAUCGCACUCAGGUUCCCGGCUAUGACUUUUAUUCUGCUCUGGCCAACUUUGUGGGGGGCUCCUUCGAAUCCCUGACCAAUUUUGGGUUGCUUACAGCACCCCAAGGGGGUUAUAAUGGUCGCGAGAUUAUCUCCGCUUCAAACUACAUGGGGUAUGCGCGGGCCACCGUGGGCACGUUCGACCAAUGGUCCAAGGUGGUCGACGAUGACUUUUGGUCCUGGGACAACGUGUAUCCUGCUUAUAAGAAGAGCUGCAACUUCACUCCGCCCAACUAUGACAAGAUCGAUCCGUCCUUCAACAUUUCCUACGAUCCAUCUGCCUUCGAGAGCGCCGGAGGACCCCUGCAAGUAUCGUACGGCAACUACCUCGGCCCCUACGGCCCGUACCUGGAAGAAUCCCUCGACAAACUCGGCUUUGAUCGGAUUCCAGGACUGAGUAGUGGUCGGCUGAUUGGUUACGCCACGAUCACGGCCGCCAUUGAUCCAAGAGAAGCGACUCGCAGCAGCUCCGAAACCUCGUUUUUGCAGCUGGCAGCACAGAACUCGAAGAUCAAGCUCUAUCCACAGACAUUGGGUUCUCGCGUUCUGUUCGAUGAGAACAAUCGGGCCACUGGAGUCGAGGUGCAGACAAACUCUUUGAUGUCGAAUUUCAAGUAUCAUCUCCGUGCCAACAAGGAGGUCAUCGUGUCUGCUGGCACUGAUCAACCCUGGAUGGCCCUAUCGUACAAGGUCAAUGUCACCACUGGUACGCAGGUGGCUGCGGGUAACCCCGAGGUCUCGGCGGCCCGUGUGGAAGAAUAUCUGUACAACCAGACAGGUCUGCUCUCAAGCAUUGGAGGAGGUCAAGCACUAGCAUUUGAGAAAUUCCCCGCCUCCUAUCGCCAGGAAUUCAGCCAGUCCACCCGGGAUUUCCUCGACACCUUCCCCAGCGACUGGCCCGAGGUCAACUAUCUCUCCUUGGAGUAUGGCUCAUACCCGUCUGACCUGGGGCCGAACGAUAACUACCUCACCAUUGGCUCGGCCCUGCUCACCACCUCUGCCCAGGGCAACCUGACCAUCCAGAGUGCGGAUAUUGCUGAUCCUCCGAUUAUCAGCCCCAACUGGCUUUUGGACCAGGGUGAUCAGGAACAGGCGAUUGCCGCUCUUCAGCGGAUCCGAGAAAUUGCUUUUAACAGUACGAUUGUGGAGGAGGAAUAUCUACCAGGGCCCAAUGUGACGACUCGUGCGGAGAUCCUUGACUGGCUCAAGAACAAUAUGAGUCUGAUUUACCACGCCACGUCAUCGUGCAAGAUGGGCGCUUCCAACGAUACCACCGCCGUCGUGGACUCGCGCGCCCGAGUGCGUGGGGUGACUGGCCUGCGCGUCGUGGACGCUAGUGCUUUCCCAUUCGUGCCUCCAGGAUUUCCUAUGGCCACUGUUUACAUGUUCGCCGAGAAGAUUGCCGAGUCUAUCCUCGACGGCCAAUGA